CUUGCCAUGGAGGAGCUACUGAUACCCACAGAUGCCGAGGAGGCGCCCCCUGAGCCUGCCAGCUUCUCUCCAGCUGGACCUGCUAAAACCCCGCUGGAGAGAAUGAAGGACUGCAUGAAAAGCACCUUCUCAGUCAAUGUCAGGGAGUAUGUGAAGGAGUACAUCAGACGAAACGGGCUGCUGACACUCUCAGUGCUGGCUGUGAUCACAGGAUGCAUCCUGGGCUUCAUGCUGAGGAGUCUGGCCCUCUCCACACAGGCAAAAAUCUAUUUUUCCUUCCCUGGAGAGUUGCUCAUGCGAAUACUUAAAAUGCUGAUUCUCCCUCUAAUCACCUCCAGUUUGAUGUCUGGACUAUCAUCUAUGGAGUCAAAGGCCUGCUGCAGGAUGGGGGUACUGACUGUCACCUAUUACCUUUGGACCACAUUCAUCGCUGUAGUGGUCGGCAUUAUACUUGUUCUGAUCAUCAAGCCUGGCUGUGGAACAGACAUGGAGAGCCAUAGGCUAGGGGGUGGACAGGUCAUCACAUCUGCAGAUGCACUGCUGGAUCUGGUCAGAAAUAUGAUCCCUUCCAAUCUCAUUGAAGCCACAUUUCAGCAGUAUAAGACAGACCUUAUUCCUAUUGUAAAACCUCCAGUGAACACGGGACGCCCAAAUUUUGUGUACCUGAUGCCUGAUGACGACAAUCCAAAGGGUCGAAAUGUGCUGUUGGAGCUCACGCCACCUCCAGACAUUGAGUAUAAGACUCGUCCAGGCAGCAGCCAGCAGAUGAACGUACUCGGCAUCGUCAUUUUCUCAGCCACAAUGGGUCUCCUGCUAGGUAAAAUGGGCGAACGGGGAGCUCCCCUGGUGAACGUUUGCCAGUGCAUCAAUGAGUGUGUGAUGAAGAUCAUUAAUGCAGCUGUAUGGUAUUUUCCUUUUGGGAUAAUUUUUCUUGUGGCCGGGAAAAUCCUGGACAUGAGUGAUCCAUCCACACUUGGGAAGAAGCUGGGCUGGUACGGGAUAACAGUUCUGGCAGGCUUGUUUGUGCAUGGCCUCAUUUUGCUUCCCUUCUUUUAUUACAUUCUGACAUGGAAGAAUCCUUUCACAUACAUCAGAGGGCUUCUGCAAGCCAUGGUCAUCGCCCUGGCCACAUCGUCUAGUUCAGCAACGCUGCCCAUUACAAUGAAAUGUUUGCUGGAGAACUGCCAUGUGGACAGGCAGAUUGCCCGGUUUGUACUGCCGGUGGGUGCCACCAUUAAUAUGGAUGGAACUGCCCUUUAUGAAGCAGUGGCUGCUAUUUUCAUCGCCCAGGUCAAUGAGUACGAGCUGGAUUUUGGACAGCUGGUCACCAUCAGUAUAACAGCCACCGCUGCCAGCAUAGGUGCUGCUGGAAUCCCUCAGGCAGGUCUUGUAACCAUGGUGAUAGUAUUGACAUCCGUAGGGUUGCCACCAGAUGACAUCACGCUGAUUGUGGCCAUUGAUUGGAUAUUAGAUCGGUUUCGAACAAUGAUCAACGUACUAGGAGAUGCUCUGGCAGCUGGAAUCAUUGGCCACUUGUGUCGGAAAGACUUCCCACCUGACAGAACAGCCAAAGCGAAUGGAGCUUUCCAGGACAUUCAGACUGCUCGUAACAUGGAGAAUGUGCCUUUGACUGAAGUACCACUGCUGGCCGGCAAAGACUGCAUAUUCGAGGUGGUUGGGGACACUGUUUUUGAACGACCCACAGUCUACUACAAUAUAUGUCAAGUCUGAGUCAUCAGACAGUGGCCUUACAGAUAUCCAAGCCCAUCCUUUGCAGCUACAUUUCUACUAUUGUGCCAUGAAGAUGUACUGAAUGAACACUUUGGUUAAUCAAUCUCUAGGUUAUUGAUUAUAUUAACUUAUAUUGGCUGUUUUGUACAGCUGAUUACAUUUGUCAUUUUCCCUCUACAAGGGACAUACUUCUAUCUACAAGAAUAGGCUCUGAUUUGUGCCCACUUUUGUAGCCUCUUCUGCUGGAAGUCCAUAAGUGAAUGCAUGCCGGCAUGCAUUUAGGAAUUUUGUUGUUCAGUGAUUGUACAGACUGGGGUUAACAGUCAGAACAGGAACCAGGUCACAUCACUUGAACGAUCUUAAAGAGGGAGGGAAACGUUUACUGAGAGACAGUUUAAAAUGCUCAUUCAAAAGCCAAUUAUCUACCGUCACGUGCAAUGAAAAC